GUUCUUUCGGAACUCAGCACGGCUUCCGCACUGCGCACAACAAAUAUAGAUACAUAAACCCCAUCUCUCAUCAUGGCCUCCUCGCGUAUUCAUCCUUACACAUAUCCACUAUGACAGUCUCUGCCGCCACUACCAUCCCCAGCAAGAAGCUCCGCAUCGCUCUCCUCGGCUGCGGCCGAAUGGGUCAACGACAUGCUGUGAAUCUCCACAAGCUUGUCACUCGAGCAGAAGUCGUCGCUGUCGCAGAUCCUUCCCCCGUCGCUGCCAAAUGGGUUGAGGAAAACCUCCCAGGAGUCGCAUACUACUCCACCCCGGACUCGAUCUUCUCCUUGCCCAACAUUGACGCAGUUGUUAUCUCCACUAUCACCUCUACCCAUGCUUCGCUCACUAUCCAAGCAAUCGAGCGAGGAAUUCACGUCUUGCUAGAGAAGCCGAUCUCGGUCGACGUAGAAGAUUCGAGACCUGUUGUAGAAGCUGCUAGGAAGAGAAAGGAUGUCAAAGUCAUGAUUGGGUUUGUCAGACGAUUUGACACCGCUCUGAACCAACUUCACACGCACCUCAAAUCUUCUGCCCUCUCCUCCCACUCCCAGCCAUUCCUUCUCAAGUCAACUAGCUGCGAUCCACACGACUCUACAGGCUUCUUCAUCUCGUACGCCAAAGCCUCUGGAGGAAUCUUUAUGGAUUGCGGUAUUCAUGAUAUCGACAUGUCCCGCUGGCUUCUCAACGUCUCCUCUUCAGGGACCAAGAAACAAGUUGCUCGCGUUCUCGCCUCUGGUCUUCUCACCCUCCACCCCACUCUCGCCGACCAAGGUGACUGCGACAACGCCCUCGCCAUCAUUGAGUACACCAACAACACGAGCUGCACACUCCACCUCAGUCGAACGGGGAUGAGCGGUUACGAAUCAUCCGUCGAAGUGUUUGGUACAGGAGAGAAGCUUUUGGUAGACACCCCUGCAUCAAACCGCGUGAAAAUCUCAGACGCCUCAGGCCGACAUGUUGAUUCAGCUCCCACUUAUAUGGACAGGUAUGGCGAAGCCUUCAUCCACGAAGCGGAGGCAUUUGUAGACUGCAUUUUGAACGAUUUGCCUCCCCCUACAUCUGCAGAAGACGGUUUUCAAGCUGCUCUCAUCGCCAAGGCUCUCACCCACUCUUUCCAAUCCGGUAAACCCGUUUUGUUUGGCGAGGAUGGCGAACCUAUCUUGGAUUAGACAUUAGCAAGGGAUUUUUCAAUGGAGAUUCAGGCAAAGGUAAAUAUGUAGACAGAUGUCCAAAAAGUGGGAAAAGUUGAAGAGACUCACGUAAAUGCUUUGAUGUGCUUUUUUCGAUGAGCGUUGAUUUGAUCUUACACCCGAUGUAUAUCUUUGGAAUAAAAUGUUC